UUCCUCGCGGUAAGCGAAUUAGUAGGACGCCAUUUUUCCUUGUCCUUGAAAAUUUCGACUGCUCUUUCCUUCAACGUUUUAGGUGACUUUUAACCAUUUUUCUCAUCUUAACUUUACCUUUGUAACUGGUGGAAGAACUAUUCUGUUCUUCUGAAGUUUUUUAAAGCAUUUUAAAGAUGAGUUGUCGAGUGUAUUUAGGACGUUUGCCAUACGGCACGAGAGAAGACCAUGUGAAGAAGUUCUUUCGUUCGUAUGGCCGUCUUCGAGAGAUAAACCUGAAAAACGGAUACGGAUUUGUGGAAUUUGAAGACUCAAGAGAUGCCGAUGACGCUGUCUAUGAUUGCAAUGGGAAAGAAUUGCUCGGAGAAAGGAUUCUUGUUGAGCAUUCCCGUGGUACAGCCAGAGGAUAUAGCAGCACGAAACCCUCGCGCGCAAGAGACAAGUAUGGACCUCCAACGCGAACACCAUGGCGCAUGGUCAUUGAAAAUCUAUCAAGCAGAGUUUCAUGGCAGGAUCUCAAGGAUUAUGCUCGGCAAGUUGGCGAAGUGGCAUAUGGAGAUGCACACAAGCAAAGACAGGGAGAAGGUAUCAUUGAAUUCAAAUCCAAGAGGGAUCUGAAAAGAGCGAUUAGGAAACUGGACGGUACAGAGCUCUGUGGAAGGCGUAUCAAAAUUAUUGAUGAAAGUCCAGCUUCUCGUUCAAGGUCAAGAUCCCGUAGUGUUAGUCGAUCAAGGUCCCGAUCCAGGUCACGUUCCAGGUCCCGCUCUCGUCGCCGUCGUAAUCGCUCGAGAUCACGUUCUCGAUCAAGAUCUCGUUCCCGAUCACGCUCACGUUCUCCAAGGCGAUCACGCUCUCGUUCUCGUAAGAGGUCUCGAUCCCUGUCUCCCAAACGAUCAAGAUCCCGCUCGCCAAGGCAUUCCCGAUCCCGCUCAAAAUCCCGUUCCCGAUCCCGAUCCAAAUCUCGCUCCAAGUCAAGGUCGCGAUCGGCUUCCCCAAGAAAAUCUGCAUCGCGAUCUAGAUCUCAAUCACCAGCUAAAGAGGAGCAUAUGGCUGAGAAUGGAGACAAGUCUCCAGAACGUGAUCAAAAUAACGAACAAGAGGGAGAACAGGAGUAGAAAACGGAGCUGACUUCAAACAUUACUAUACCCCUCCCCUCCCCCAUAUAUUUACACUCUUACCUCUAUACCAAUUACGCAUAACGUAUAUAAGUAGUUUUUCUACAGUGAUAUGAAACCGUUAGGUGUUGAUCAGGGUUGUUUCUGAGUAUCAUAGCUACAUUACAAUAUUUACACAUAGCAUAUUCAGUGACAGUGAAGUAGAUUUCCAACUAUUACUAUAAAAGCAUUAAACGUUGAUCCAGGGUUGUUUUCAGAAUGACGAACUCCGUUUUUUUUAAAGUCGACUGUAUACAGAUUUUUGGGUUUAUAUUGAUUCACACAACCAGUGAGCCAGAAGUUAUAAUGGCGGACUUUCCUUUAAAAACAACAAAGCAUUGAAUAGUUGGAGAGAUCGGUGUAAGGGUUAAAAUGAAAUAAUUCUUCCGGGUUUUGGUAAGCAGUAGUUGACAUAUUUAUCUGUAUCGAUUAUUCAUACUUGACCCUUGUGAUUAAACAUUCUACAUUUAAAUCUGCAAUGGCUGUAUCCUUGUGCUGAGUCAUGCCAUCAAAUAAAUUUAUGAAAGCUAUCAGAA